CCCUUCGCCAGCCCCGGCGCUAACCCCUGGGCCAAGGUCGCCGGCUCCAAGUUCACCCGGGACUUCAUCCUCAUCUCCGAGUUCUCGGAGCAGGUGGGGCCUCAGCCCCUCCUGACCAUCCCCGAUGAUGCCAAAGUGUCGGGCACUUUCGAUCUCAAUUAUUUUUCCCUUCGGAUCAUGUCUGUGGAUUACCAGGCCUCCUUCGUGGGGCACCCUCCCGGCUCUGCCUACCCCAAGCUGAACUUUGUGGAGGAUUCCAAAGUGGUGCUGGGGGACUCCAAGGAAGGGGCCUUUGCCUACGUCCACCACUUGACUCUCUACGACCUCGAAGCCCGGGGCUUCGUGAGGCCCUUCUGCAUGGCCUACAUCUCUGCUGAUGAGCACAAAAUCAUGCAGCAGUUCCAGGAACUCUCUGCUGAGUUUUCCAAAGCCUCCGAAUGCCUAAAGACAGGAAACAGGAAAGCUUUUGCUAAUGAACUGGAAAAGAAACUGAAAGAUCUGGACUACACCAGGACCGUCCUGCACAAUGAAACCGAGAUACAGAAGAAAGCCAAUGACAAAGGGUAUUACACAACCCAAGCCAUUGAGAAGGCCAAUGAGCUGGCCAGCGUGGAGAAGUCAAUCAUUGAGCACCAAGAUCUGCUGAAACAAAUCCGGUCGUAUCCCUACAGGAAGUUAAAGGAGUCUGACUUCCACCCCUAUGAGCCAGAGUCUCUGCUGGAUCAGUCUGACACCAGCUGUGACCAGGGCCCCACUACCUCCGACGUCCCCGAGCCUGGUGAAACGCCCCUGUUUGCCCACCUGCCAUCCUACACCCCCAAGCUCAUCAAAGCCAAAUCUGCCAAAUGCUUUGACAAGAAGCUGAAGACACUGGAGGAGCUCUGUGAUAUUUAUUUUUUCACUCAAACCCUUGACCAGUUGCAUCAGAUCGAGAGGACUUUCAGAGGUGAUGUCUGCUACCUCCUGACUGACCAGAUCAGCAAGGCUCUCUUGAAGCAACAAAGUGUCACUAACUUCCUCUUUGAGGACGUGUCUUUUCUGGAUGAAAAGACACCUGAAAAACAGAGCAGAGGCUGCCAGGGGCUCAGUCAAGAUGCUGUUGAUAGAAAAUGUUUGGAAGAGUCCCCUGCUCCUAAAGUGGUCAUCAGCCUGGGAUCCUACAAGUCCAGCGUGGAGAGCGUUCCCAUCAAGAUGGAGCAGGACAUAGAGGACUCCCAAGAACCCCAAACGACCGGGUCGGUCACUUUUGAACAGCAGGACAACCUGGACUAUCUCGACGCGGAUAUUAAAGGCAGCAUCAGCAGCGGUGAGAGCAUCGAGGUUCUGGGGACGGAGAAACCCACCUCAGGCCUGACGAAAUCGGAGAGCCAGGCCAGCCUCCCUGUCAGCCCCAGCCCCCAGGGGGGCCGCAGCAAGGUGGGCAGCCGACGGACCGUCAGCGAGGACAGCAUCGAGGUUCUCAGCAGCUGUCCCUCCGAGGCACUCAUCCCGGAGGAUUUCAAAGCCAGCUACCCAAGUGCCAUUAACGAGGAACCUUACGUGGAUGGUGAAGAGGGAGGCCUUCGUUUCACCCCCAAACUAAACCUGGAUGACACCGACGAGCAGGAAGAUGUUUUGAACCAGGAGAACUUGGAGCAGGUUGAUUCUGCCUGUUGUAUCGGGAAGGAGAGUCCCGGUUUCCUGGAGCCCCUGUCUGCACUGGGCCAGAAGCCCUGCGAGGAGGAUGGGGUGGUGAGGAUCCCCCCGCAGCCGUACCGGGCUGAGCCGGGGCUGCACGGGGGUUUCCCCUCCCAUGAUGGCAUCUCGGGGGGGCUCCUUCCUUACGAGCUCGACUCGCGCUACCUGGCGGGCAACAGGGAGGUCAGCAAGAGCAGCCUGGACGAGUGCUCUGAUUCCACCAGCUACAUCAGCAGUGCUGCCUCCACCUGCUCUGACCGGACCCCUUCUCCUGCCCACCUCUCCCGCCAGGCGAGCGAGAGGCACAAGAAGAAGGCGGGGCAGAACGCGCUGCGGUUCAUCCGGCAGUACCCCUUCGCCCACCCUGCCAUCUUCUCCCUGCUCAGUGGCAGGACCCUGGUGGUGCUGGGGGAAGAGGAAGCCAUAGUCAAGAAGCUGGUGACGGCGCUCUCCAUCUUCGUGCCCAACUGUGGCAUGGACGUCAAGCCCGUCAAGCACUGGGUUGCUUCCCCUCUGCACCUCGUGGAUUUCCAGAAGUGGAAGUUGAUCGGACUCCAGAGGGUGGUGUCCCCUGCUGGGGUGAACGUGCUGCACGCCCUGAGCCGGUACAGCCGGUACCUCAGCAUCCUGGACGCUGACAGCAAGACCCUGCGCUGCCCGCUCUACAAGGGCACCCUGGUGUCCCGGCUGGCCGACCACCGCACCCAGAUCAAACGGGGAAGCACCUACUAUAUGCACGUCCAAAGUAUCCUCACCCAGCUGUGUUCAAAAGCCUUCCUCUUCGCCUUCUGCCAUCAUUUGCACCUUCCCAUCAGCGAAAGGGAACCGGAGGAAUCUGUUGUGAAUCGCAGGAUGAACUUUCUGAAGCUUCAGCUGGGCCUUGCCAACGAAGAUGUCAAGAUUGUUCAGUAUUUAGCUGAGCUGCUGAAGCUGCAGUACAUUCAGGAACCCGACCAGGGGGUGAACCCUCUGCUCAGAUUUGACUAUGUUCCCAGCUUUUUGUACAAAAUCUAG